CGAAUAAAUAAUGGAACCUUUGAUGUAUUAUCCCCGACAAUUUUACACUCGAAGCUUUUAUUUCGGUAGUCGUCCGUCAGGUAAACCGGAAGUGCAGCAACCGGAACAGUGGUGACAAAUGCGGAAGCUACACGCUGUCAUAGAAACAAGUUCGUUCAUCAGGGAAAUAAUUUAGACCAGUUUCAUGUCCGUAAUUAUCAUGGGAACUAAGACCAUGCAAGCGGCGCGAUGCCCGACAGAUGAGCUGUCACUGACUAAUUGUGCAGUGGUGAGCGAAAAAGAUCUGCAGUCCGGACAGCAUGUGACUGUGAAGACCACACCCAACCACAAGUUUGUGUUCACAGUCAAGACCCACCACACCGUGGCGCCCGGGACCAUCGCCUUCAGCCUGGCACAGAGAAAGUGGGCGGGUCUCUCCAUCGGCCAGGAGGUGGAAGUGUCUAACUACAACUUCGACAAGUCCAAGCAGUGCAUCGGCGCCAUGACCAUCGAGAUCGACUUCCUGCAGAAGAAGAGCACCGACUCAUCCCCCUACGACUCGGACAAGAUGGCCGCCGAGUUCAUCCAGCAGUUCAACAGUCAGGCUUUCUCCAUCACGCAGCAGCUGGUGUUCAGCUUCUGCGACAAGCUGUUCGGCCUGGUGGUCAAGGACAUCGAGGCCAUGGACGCCAGCAUCCUGAAGGGGGAGCCGGCCUCCGGGAAGAAGCAGCAGAAGAUCGAUAUCGGCCUGAUGAUCGGCAACAGCCAGGUCAUUUUUGAGAAGGCGGAGAGCUCGUCCCUGACACUUGUGGGAAAGGCAAAGACCAAAGAGGCUCGACAGACCAUCAUCAACCCUGACUGGAACUUUGAGAAAAUGGGAAUUGGUGGUCUGGACAAGGAAUUCUCCGACAUCUUCCGCCGAGCUUUCGCUUCCAGAGUCUUCCCUCCAGACAUUGUGGAGCAGAUGGGCUGCAAGCACGUGAAGGGGAUUCUGCUGUUUGGACCUCCUGGCUGUGGUAAAACCCUGAUGGCCCGACAGAUCGGUAAAAUGCUCAACGCUCGCGAGCCCAAGAUCGUCAACGGCCCCGAAAUCCUCAACAAGUACGUCGGCGAGUCGGAAGCCAACAUCCGCAAACUGUUCGCCGAAGCCGAGGAGGAGCAGAAGAGGCUGGGAGCCAACAGCGGCCUCCACAUCAUCAUCUUUGAUGAGCUGGACGCCAUCUGCAAGCAGAGAGGAACCGGCGCCAGCAGCACGGGGGUGCACGACACCGUGGUCAACCAGCUGCUGUCCAAGAUCGAUGGCGUGGAGCAGCUCAACAACAUCCUGGUCAUUGGCAUGACCAACAGGCCCGACCUGAUUGAUGAUGCUCUCAUGAGGCCUGGCAGGUUCGAGGUCAAGAUGGAGAUUGGUCUUCCGGAUGAGAAGGGUCGCGUGCAGAUCCUGACCAUCCACACCAACAAGAUGCGCAGCUUCAACCUGCUGGCUCAGGACGUGGACAUCAAGGAGCUGGCAUAUGAAACCAAAAACUACAGUGGUGCCGAGCUGGAGGGGCUGGUGCGGGCGGCCCAGUCCACCGCCAUGAACCGACACAUCAAGGCGACCUCCACGGUGGAGGUGGACAUGGAGAGAGCUGAGAAGCUGCAGGUCACCAGGUCCGACUUCAUGGGCUCUCUCAACAACGACAUCAAACCUGCCUUCGGCACCAACCAGGAGGACUACUCCAGCUACAUCAUGAAUGGCAUCAUCAAGUGGGGCGACCCGGUCUCGCAUGUCCUGGGCGAUGGCGAGCUGCUGGUGCAGCAGACCAAGAACAGCGACCGCACGCCGCUGGUGGCCGUGCUGCUGGAAGGACCCCCCCACAGCGGGAAGACGGCCCUGGCUGCCAAAAUCGCAGAAGACUCCGAGUUCCCCUUUAUCAAGAUCUGCUCUCCGGACAAGAUGAUCGGUCACUCUGAGAUCUCCAAGUGUCAGGCCAUCAAGAAGGUCUUCGAUGAUGCCUACAAGUCUCAGCUCAGCUGCGUGGUGGUGGACGACAUCGAGCGACUGCUGGACUAUGUCCCCAUCGGCCCUCGAUUCUCCAACAUGGUGCUGCAGGCCCUGCUGGUGCUGCUGAAGAAAACCCCUCCCAAGGGCCGUAAGCUGCUCAUCAUCGGCACCACGAGCAGGAAGGACGUGCUGCAGGAGAUGGAGAUGCUGGACGCCUUCAGCACCACCAUCCACAUCCCCAACAUCUCCACAGGGGAGCAGCUGGUGGAAGCCCUGGAGCUGCUGGGAAGCUUCACGGACAAGGAGCGUGCCAGCAUCGCCCACCAGAUGAAGGGGAAGAGGGUCUGGAUCGGAAUCAAGAAGCUGCUGGUUCUGAUUGAGAUGUCGCUGCAGAUGGAGCCGGACUACCGGGUAACCAAGUUCCUGACUCUGCUGAGAGACGAGGGCGCCCUGAAUGAAGGAGAUCAGAUCCGAAUAUAGAAGGAGACACUCCGUGAACGUAGCUUCUACGAGUAGAGGACUGGACCCUGGAGGAGAAGAAGACCAUCCAUCGCCAUUCCGUUUUUUUAUUUGACUCAUCGUAAAAUCUGCUGGGCGUGUAGGUGGAGUCACAGUAAAUAACCAUCCACAACCCCCGACCUGGAGCCCACCAGAACCUUCUGUGACCGGUGUAGAGGACCCAGCUGGGGCCCCAGCGCUCCCACCCAACGUCACUUUCUCUUGUGUAUCCAAUGUCGCUGCAUGUUCUGUAGGAAGUGAACGUAAACUCCUCAUCCUCUUCCUCUUCCUCCGGCGCACUGGUCACAUAUCACUGAAGUCGUACUGUUAUGAUUUGUUAAGAUUAUUGCAAUAGAUGAUUGUAAAAACAAGUGUGUCGUGCAUCGUGUGUUGAAAAAGAACAGUUGUGUUUUUAGCUUCUUGUAUAGUUUGUGUUUGUGUAGUCGUGGGUGUCGUAACAACUGAUAAACGCUUGUGGUGUCUGCAGUGACUCUGAGGAGCUCGACACAGCAACCUAUGAACACAGCCACCACACAGGCACUGAACAUGUCACGGAACAUGGCAACAAACUUGGGACGACAAAAUUCAACAUUAGCUAAUGCAAGAACAACGUGACAAAUGAUGUAACAAACCCCCAAAUAUGCCAACAGUGACUCAAGCAUAAUGAUAACACGUUGUUUCAGCUCCAUCUGAGGGUGAACCUUUGAUGUUGGUUGCGUUACCUCUCUGACUGUGGUGUCGGCCCCUCGGCGUCAGUGGCUGUGUACAAAGCGGAGCCACGUUCAUGUGGACCCUUUAACUAGAUGACGUCUGUACAUUGUAUAUACACGAGGACAGUAUAUGAGAGAAAUCUAAAACUUCAGUAUCGAGCUGGUGUUGAUCCGACGUGCUGGUGAGUGUGUGUCUGUAGUCGUGUCCGGCGGGGUGGGGUGGCGUUGGGGGAGGGAGGGUCGCUGUGGAGUCGUCAGUGUUUCAAAUAAAAGCACUUGGAAGAUGGAAACUAAAAAAAAGGAUCUUCUGUGGUCAGAGCGGAGCUCGCGUGCAUGAGUGUGUGUGUGUCUGGGUUAAUAUUCAUGUUUAUUUCUCAGGCCUUGUAUUCUAGUGUCCAAAUGUUCUGUUCAUUUUGACGGUGUGUCUGUGUGUGUGUGCUGAGGGUGUGUGUGUGUAAAUGUAUAUGCAGAUGUAUUAUUGCAAUAAACACACUGAUGCACAC